AGUCUCCGAGGCCCGCCCCCGCCUUGUGGCCAUCCUCGGGGCUCCCAGUCUAAGCUUCCAGGCGCUUGUCGCUGGGUCGUCUCCGCUCCGAGGCCUGGCCCUGAGGCUGCCACCGGCCCUGCACGUUCUCCCGCGGGGUUUGGCGUUUCUUGGAGAAAGCACCGCUGUGCUGAGCGGCAUCCCCUGGACGCAGGCCAUGGAGGCGGCGCUGGCAGCGCCCCGGCUGCCCCCGCACGACCCGAGGACGCCCGCACUGUCGGUGGUGGACAUGCACACCGGCGGCGAGCCCUUGCGCAUCGUACACGCAGGGUGUCCGGAGGUGGCCGGCCCCACAUUGUUGGCCAAGCGACGCUACAUGCGUCAACACCUCGACUAUGUGCGGCGGCGGCUCGUGUUCGAGCCCCGCGGCCACCGGGACAUGUACGGGGCGAUCCUGGUGCGCAGCGAGCUGCCCGACGCGCACCUGGGCGUCUUGUUCCUGCACAACGAAGGCUACAGCUCCAUGUGCGGUCACGCGGUGCUGGCGCUAGGCCGCUUCGCGCUUGACUUUGGACUGGUGCCCGCUCCCCCAGACGCUCCCCCAGACGGCGCCCGGGAGGCCCAGGUCAACAUCCACUGCCCAUGCGGGCUGGUGGCCGCCUUCGUGGCGUGUGAAGGUGGCCGAAGUUGCGGCCCUGUGCGCUUCCACAGCGUCCCGGCCUUCGUCCUGGCCGCAGACCUCACGGUGGAUGUCCCUGGACAUGGAAAGGUGGUGGUGGACAUUGCCUAUGGCGGGGCAUUUUAUGCAUUUGUCAGUGCAGAAAAAUUGGGACUUGAUGUGUGUUCUGCAAAGACGAGGGACCUCGUGGUGGCAGCAAGCUCAGUGACAGAAGCAGUGAAGGCUCAGUUUAAAAUCAACCAUCCCGAGAGUGAAGACCUUGGUUUUUUGUAUGGAACUAUUUUAACAGAUGGAAAAGAUGCUUACAGUGAGGAGCCCACCACCAACAUCUGCGUGUUUGCAGAUGAACAGGUCGACAGGAGCCCCACCGGCUCGGGAGUGACAGCCCGGAUUGCUCUGCAGUAUCAUAAGGGCCUUCUGCAGCUGAAUCAGACCAGAACCUUCAAAAGCAGUGCAACGGGCUCGGUGUUCUCCGGGCGUGCGGUGAGGGUGAGUGUAACUCUGGCUUCUUGUUGUGAGCCCAAAGUGGCGGUGCUGGAUGAUAACUUCCUUCUCUGUUCUCGUAGACAAGCACUUGAAAUCAGGCCUGUAAAGACUUGUGAUCGACAGUCGAUUCUCACAGUGUAGUGUUGGCACCUCUGGUUUGACCCACUAUGUUCAUCAUAAUACUAAGACAUGGUUUGCUUUCACUCACUCAGAAAUAGUGAGGCUACAUGAUGGGUGAAAGCCCAAACAUAGGAAUGACUGAAUGCAGAAGCAGGUGAGAAUCCAGGUGAGAAUCCAGCCGUUUCUGUUGAGACAGACAUGAGAGGGCCUGGCAAGACUGUAACACGAUGCCACUUUUCUUAUCGAAAACUUUUUGUCAAGCAGUUAUCUUUAAUUACAUAAAGUGUGUUUACAUUCCUGUGCAAUCAGUUUGUUUUCAAAUGAAGCAAUGAACAAAUAUCUCUAAUUCCCAAUAAGUACUGAGAGGAAUAGCAUGCCUAAAGAAGAACUUGUGGAGGCCCUCAGAUACUAAGGUGUAAAGGGCUCUUGAGACCAAAGGAUUUGAGAAGUGCCACAUUAAGAGUUUUUUUUUUUUAACUUGUUCUGAGGAAGUAUUGUAAUUCAGACAGUAGAACAUAAAAGAUGAGAGUUGUGAACAAAUAGAAUUUUUGUAAUGAAAUUAAAUGCAAAUGUACUAGCAAUAAGUCUACUCAGUAGUAAAUGAAACAUGUUAUAGAAUGAUGGACCUACAUUAGUGAAUAAACGUACUCAUAGGAAGUUUAACAUAGGAAGCAAGCUACCCUAAUGCAGCUGUUUUUAAGGGCCUUUUCCUCCUGAAUACUGAAUUAUCUGUAAGCUAGGUAUCCGCAUAUCACGCAGUGAUUUUAUAAUAUACCAAACCAUUUGUGCUCUGUGCAAUAAUGUGGGACACAAUGUCUUCUGAGUCUGAGACUGGAGGUAAAAUGAUAACCUGCUACGUUUGUUAGGAACUUUAUUGUGUGCCAGGCUCCAAGCUGAGAACUGUAUGAAUGCUACUCCAUUUAACCCUCACAUGAAUCUAGACCGUCAUAGGCACAGCACCAAUGGCAAGCAGGAGGCAGAGAGCAUACUGGGAGUGGCGUGAGACAUUUAAGACUUCGGAGCCCUCCCCCAGUGACAUCAUUCAAACCCCCACAGUUGUGGAGCGCUGGCUCAGCAAGCACAAGUCCAUGGGUCCACCUGCACUAAAGUGAUAAACUAGUGUACCUUGAUUUUACAGUUGACAUUUUACCUUUGGUUAUUCUUAUUUUAAAAAUUAAAAAAGCAAAGACACUCCAAGUAAGAUUUUAUAUUUUCUACUUUUCUCAUUUCUGUGAUCAAAUACACAAUGGAAGAUUUUAUUCUAGUUUGCUAUUCAAGGGAAUGUGUUCCACAAUGGCAGGGAAGACACAGCAGCAAAGGGGAAGUCUGGUGACAGGAAGCCAGCUGUCAGGAAGCAAAGUGAGCAGGAAGUGGGCUGGAUAUAAAACAUUAAGGCCCACCCCCAGUGGGUCCUUCAGUGAGUCUCUACCUCCUAAAGGGUCCACAAUUUCCCCAAAGGGUACCACCAACUGGGAGCCAGGUGUUCAAAAACAUUAACCCAUGGGGACAUUCCAUACCCAAAGCACAGCAAGUUUGCAACUGUUGAUUUACGGCUGCCCAUUCCCCAAUGCAUUGCUUUCCUUCACUGUGCAAAAGAGCCACGCGCCUUCCAGGGUCUCUGAAGAUGCCUUCUCAGUUACAUCCCUUCCAAUUCCGUGGUCCCAGCAUUUGGUCCUUAGCUUCCAUCUAGUCUCUCUCCAAUUUGAUGAUACUGGACAAUUCCAUCUACCGCCUGAACUUCGGUUCUUGACUUUCUGCUGAAGAUAAGUCCCAAACCUUCAUCCCAACUCUGUCUGUCCUAUACUCCUGUCCAACCUAACGCUUCAGCAGUUCACCACACUCAUCUCUAAGUGACUGCCUAAGUGUCUUAAAUUCUGCAUGCUAAAACCUCCUCCCUCCCCCCCCAUGCAUUUUUCUUUUAGUUACUUUUCCAGUGCUGUAAUAAGACACCAUGACCAAGGCAACUUAGAGAAGAAAGCAUUUAAUUUGGGGCUAACAGUUCCAGAGAACUGGAGUCCAUGAUCAUCAUGAUGGGCAGCAUAGCAAUACGCAUACAAGCAUGGCUUCCAUCUUGGUCCAAAAGCAGGCAGCAGAGAGAAAAGUAACUGGGAAUGAAGUAGAUUUUUGAAACUACAAAGCCCUCCCAGUAACACACCUCUUCCAACAAGACCACACCUCUUAAUCCUUCCCCAACAGUUCCACCAACUGGUGACCCUGUACUCAAACAUAUGAGCCCAUGAUGCUGUUCUCAUUCAAAUCACCUGUCUCUUCUCUCCCUCUCCCUCCCUCCCCCCCCUUUUCACCUGUGCUAAUAGUUUAUAUCAUGUCACUUCCAAGCUAGAAACUACAGUCAAAUUUGUCAUAGUCACAAUUCCCCUCUGUCCACAUUGCAGGCCAUCAGGUCCACCUCCAACUUAGUUAAUUCUCCUUCUCCCUGCUCACUGCUGCAGCAUGGCUCCAGGUGACAGUCAGGAAAUCAGAAUUCUUUCUUUUUUUUCAUGUUGUGACAGAGUGUCACAGUGUAGCCUAGAGUUCCCUCUCAGCAGGUUCUGGGUUUCUUGUGCCUCUCCCGUGUGCCCCUUCCUUUCAGCUAACUGAAACACACAUCUGACCUUAAAAACCUUCCUGUGCCUGAGGGAACAACAUGUGGGCUUCGCUAGGGUAUAAGAGCCAAGAGCCCAGCCUUAGAGAUACCAAACAACUGCAGGAGUUUCUUAGUAUGCUCCUUUGUCUUCUGUGUUUCAGGAAGCGACAUGUGGGGAUUUUAAAGCUGUCAUAGUGGAAGUUGCAGGACAAGCCCAUUACACGGGCACAGCAAGCCUGACUGUGGAAGAUGAUGACCCGUUGAAGGAUGGAUUUCUUCUCAAGUGACCUUUUCCAUACGUUUUAAAGGUUUUCCUUCUAAAGUAAUUACCAAUAAGCAGUGUUUCUCUGUAUCAUAUGAAAACCAGCAUCCAGUUGUACAUAUAGGCUAAUUUCCUACACUUUCUAAAAUAGAACACUAUGACUAAAUGCAAGGCGUUAUACUUCCUAUUUGUAAACCUUUUGAGCAUAAAUAUCACUGAUGUGGCAUAUAAAGUGCUAAAAAUUCAGAAACUAUUUAAUCAUUAGUAUGCAAGGCAAAAUUAAAACCUAGUUACUUAAUCUAUGUUGUGGACAUGACAAUGUUUAGUUUUAAAGUGUCUUUUAACGAUGGCUUCAUUUAUAGACCACAUAAUAAUAAACCUUGUGAAUUUGUUAUUUUAACGUUCCAGUUUGAGUAAAACAAAGCCCUCCAUAGGCAGCAUGCUGAGGAGGUGGGUUAUUGCAAAGUUGUCAACACUUGGCAUAAAUAAUCUUGGGAGGAUCAAACGGAUUCUGCUUCGACAGGCCUCUUACAGGUGCUGCUGGGAUGUUGUUGCCUUUGCUGUGGUGACCCCGUCAUCUACACCCACCGGUACCCAAGUGCCACAGAGCCACUGGCUGAUGCUGCAAAGACCAACUGGCGACCAGAUUUUUGACAUCUCUGAGAUGGUGCUUUUUGGUUUGGGAGAGGUAUUUUGAUGGUUGUAUGUUCGGUUGGCUCCUUUUCCUCUGUUUGGUUCAUUCACUGGUUCUAAGGAUUGAUUCUACAACCUCAUGCUACAUUUUUGAAAUACAGAUGUGAAGUAAA